ACACGGGGAGGAGCGACGGCAUCACAGGCAUGAACGAGAGAGGUGGAUACAGGAGGGAUACAGUCCUCCUCUGUCGACACUCCAUCGGUUUUAUGGGUGAUUAAACGGUGGGCUGUUUCGGAUACUCGAUUUAUGGUUCUUACCAUGCCCGUCAGCGUUUGGCUGUGAGACUUGUCCGACGGUUAGCUUGUUAGCUGCUUACUCCGGCUACAUGGCCAGCUAGCACAAUAAAGCUAACUAUUGUUAGCUGCUGGCUUCAGCUCAACACCCGGACCCGGCGAAGUGAAGAGCCGAGGAGGGGAAUGGCAAGACUUCACUCGGAUAGCCAUUUCAGAAGACACAACGAAUAACCAGACGAAACAAGUCCAGAUUUCUUUAGUUCUUUGAGUCACCGGUUGUUGGUGUUACUGUAAUCCCCAUCAUGGUGCAGAAGUACCAGUCACCUGUGCGGGUGUACAAGCAUCCCUUUGAGCUGGUGAUGGCGGCCUAUGAGCGCAGAUUCCCCACCUGUCACCUCAUCCCCAUGUUUGUAGCGAGUGACGUCAUGGAUGAGGAGACCAGCGAAGACGGAUCCACCCACAGGAUUGAGCGUCGCUGUGCCCUGGAUGUGGACGCACCACGCCUGCUCAAAAGGAUUGCUGGUGUGGACUACGUCUAUUUCAUCCAGAAAAACACAUUGAACCGAAAGGAGAGGACACUGCACAUUGAGUCCCAUAAUGAGACCUUCUCCAACAGGGUCAUCAUCCAUGAGACCUGCUGCUAUUCGGUUCACUCGGAAAAUGAGGACUGGACGUGCUUUGAGCAGAGUGCCAGCCUGGACAUCAAGUCCUUCUUCGGCUUCGAGAGCACAGUGGAAAAGAUUGCUAUGAAACAGUAUGCCAGCAGUAUCAACAAGGGAAAAGAAAUCAUUGAAUACUACCUGAAGGAGCUACAGGACGAGGGGCUCACCCAUGUACCACGCUGGACUCCCUCCUCCCUUUCUCUGCCUUCCCCCAGGCCAACCAGCCUCUCCACCAGCCCACCUGACCUCCCCAAGCCUGCGGUCACACCCACCGUUUCUAUUCCUCUGCCCGCCAACGCCAAGGACAGCACCUCUCAGGAUUCCAAGCAGGACAGCAGCGUGCUUCAGGCAGACAGCCUAACUGAGAUCCUGGCUGGUACACCUGAAGACAAGCUGGAUGCAGACUACAUCAAACGUUACCUAGGUGACCUGACCCCCCUGCAGGAGAGCUGUCUGAUCAGACUUCGCAAAUGGCUGCAGGAGACGCACAAGGGAAAGAUCCCUAAAGACGAGCACAUCCUGCGUUUCUUGCGGGCGAGGGACUUCAACAUAGACAAGGCUCGUGAGAUCUUGUGUCAGUCGCUGACCUGGAGGAAGCAGCACCAGGUGGACUACCUGCUGGAGACCUGGAGUUCACCACAGGUCCUCCAGGACUACUACACCGGGGGCUGGCACCACCAUGACAAAGAUGGUCGUCCGUUGUACAUCCUGAGGCUGGGCCAGAUGGACACUAAAGGGCUGGUCCGCGCCCUCGGAGAGGAGUCUCUGCUCAGACAUGUGCUGUCUAUCAAUGAGGAGGGUCUGAGACGCUGCGAGGAGAACACCAAGGUGUUUGGUCGACCCAUCAGCUGUUGGACAUGUCUGGUCGAUCUAGAGGGACUGAACAUGCGUCACCUGUGGCGACCAGGAGUCAAGGCGCUGCUGAGGAUCAUCGAGGUCGUGGAGGCCAACUACCCAGAGACUCUGGGACGGCUGCUUAUCCUGAGAGCCCCCAGAGUCUUCCCUGUCCUCUGGACACUGGUGAGUCCAUUCAUUGAUGAAAACACUCGCAAGAAGUUCCUCAUCUAUGCAGGCAACGACUACCAGGGUCCUGGAGGUCUUUUAGACUACAUCGACAAGGAGAUCAUCCCUGACUUCCUCGGAGGAGAGUGUAUGUGUGAGGUACCAGAAGGCGGCCUGGUUCCGAAGUCCAUGUACCGCACAGCUGAGGAGCUUGAGAACGAGGAUGUCCGCCUGUGGACAGAGACAAUCUACCAAAGCGCCAGCAUCUUCAAGGGAGCUCCACACGAGCUGCUGAUAGAAAUCAUCGACGCCUCCUCAGUCAUCACCUGGGACUUUGACGUGUGCAAAGGCGAUGUUGUUUUCAAUAUCUACCACUCCAAGCGGGCCCCCCAGCCGCCACGCAAAGACCCCCUGGGAGCCCAUGGCAUCACCUCUCCGGGUGGCAACAACGUCCAGCUUAUCGACAAGUCAUGGACGCUGGGGCAAGAUUACAGCAUGGUCGAGUCCCCACUCACCUGCAAGGAAGGAGAGAGUGUGCAGGGCUCUCAUAUAACACGAUGGCCAGGUUUCUACAUCCUCCAGUGGAAGUUCCACAACAUGCCAGCCUGCUCAGCCACCAACAUGCCCCGAGUGGACGACGUGCUGGCCACCCUGCAGGUCUCCUCGCACAAGUGUAAAGUCAUGUAUUACACCGAAGUGUUGGGCUCUGAGGACUUCAGAACCGCUUGCUGUGAUGUGCAGAGUUUGGGUUCGAUGACCAGCCUGGAGUCAAGCCACAGCGGCUUCUCUCAGCUCAGCGCCGCCACCACCUCCUCGAGCCAAUCGCAGUCCAGCUCGAUGAUCUCCAGGUAGAAAAUGGAUGCAGAGGACAUCAAAUACCCCAGACCCCCCCAAAAAUGUCCACUGCCCUUACCAUCAACACCGAAGCCAACUCUUCUCCUGCCCCUCCUCCUCUUCCUUCUCUUUGGACUCUGUUCCUAUUGCACAGCCAGUCUCUAUGGAACUGAAGCAUGCUUGCACAAACAGAAGACAAAGACUUAAAAAAUCUGAGGCAAAAAGAAAAAAACAGAGACUGAGUACAAUUUAAAGGGCUGAUUUUUGCACAAAGGUCAUAUAUUUCUCAUGCCGGGCAUCUCUGCUAGUUAGCAGUUUGAAUCACAACAUUAAUGGAAUGUUUGUUUGCGUCAUUUCUCGUGCAGGGUGGAAAGGUUAAAGGUCAAGAGUUGAGUUUAGGUGCCUUUGUGGCACUGGAAGCUGAAAGAAGCAAUAUUCUUAACCUGGGAGCGACGGGACUGGAUGACGACACUGGAGGCGCUGUUACAUAUAUGCAUUUACAUAUACAUCCACAUAAACAGUAAUCAGAAGACGCAUACCUCAUUCAUGUGCGUUGGCUGAAGAGACUGGAUCUGCUGUUACAUACAAAAAACACCACCAACACAUAAACAUACACACACACGUUUGAUGACUUGCAAAAAUUUACAGUGUUUGCCAUAUUGUAACCAGAGGGGUUUGUUCGAUCUGGUGAACUGUUUAUAGGUCAAAUGUGGGUGGGGUAAACUCUUAACUAGACCUGGGUCGAAUAUCACCUGCAAAUAAUGUUUUGUUUUGUUUGUUUUUUUUCAAACUGUACGGCGUUAACGGAGUGGGUGGAGCUCACUGAAUCAUGACAACACAGAUGGUGACAGCAAAGUUACCAGUUGACAGGAAAAUUGAGAUGCUUUCCUGUGGCUGUGUGAGCUUUCUGGCAUUAAUUUUGUUGACUUAUGUGGCGAAGCCCAGCCAUGUGUCCCACAAGGGCUUUAUCACACCCUGAAAAGCAUUUGACUAUUUGACCCGGGUCUGACUCUUAGCGAAGUAAUCCGCUAGAAGCAAUAACACAAGUUUGACUUUCUACUGUGUGAAAUAUUUUUAUUUAUCUUUAAGAUGUAUGUUGAGGAUCAUGGGUGCUGAUUGCAGAUGACCUUUUUAUUGUGUACAGGCAGACAGACAGGCAAACUGAGCCAGUAAAACGCAGAACUCUGUGGCAUUAACAUUAUCAUCAACAUAUUACAGUCUGUGUUACCGUUAUUUCAGGAGAGAAACAAAAAUAACUUACCAGAUUUUUCUCCUGGACAUGGUUUAUUAUCCUCAUACAUUGAAAAAUUCAGUAGUCAUUACCUGGAAUGACCACAGGAGUUUGCUUUAUGUCCGGCGUCUGCACAAUUUAGGGAACUCAAGUCAAAAUCAAGUCGUCAAGGAGAUGCCUUGUCACUGAUUUGUGAAUGUGCUACUGAUUGGUUAGCACUUGCUAACCAAUGAAAUGCCUGAAUUUGGAGGUUUGUGGUGGAAUUGGGCAGUACUGCCAUCAUUCUCUACUUGUUUUUCAGAGUGAUGUAGAUUUCAGUGUGCAUUAGGGAUGAAUGUUGCUUUCUGAUUAUCAUUUGAUGGUGCGCCAGUAGACAACAUAUUGAAACUGUACAUGUGCUAGUGUUGGGUGGAGUUUGUUACGGUUUUUCAGAGGUGAACGCUUGAUAUGGGGGGGGGGGAUCAGUGUGGUGUGUUACUGCAUGCUCACGUGGUGAUUGGGUUUACAGAUCUAUUUAAAAAUUAAGAAAGCCAUUCUAAGAGCCAUGUGUCAAUAAAUACCAUUUUAGCCUUUGUAAGCAUCACUUAUAAACGUACCUGAUUUUUUUUUUUUUCUUCCCCCCAAGGUCACCACUGUAAUAGAUGAGCGAUUGUGAAUUGAAAUAACAUUUCUAAAUGCAACACAUCCAUGCAACAGUUUUUUAAUACAGUUUAUUUGGUUAAUAAGCAUUGAUGACUUCACAUAGAUCUGACCGCCUGUAGAGGGCAGUAAUGAUCACCAUUGCCAAGGGUCAUCAAGUGCUGUUGCCAUGGUAACCGAGUGCAGCUGACAGCAAAAACAAACAAACAAAAAAACAGAUAAAGACGGAGGCUUUCUCCUGAAAAUGCUGGCCUUGCCUGUUUUUUUUUGAUACAUGAAACUGCUAGUUUUUAACUGUAAAUGAAAGGUCAAGGGUUAACAUGUGGUAACUAUAUGUCAUUAACUGCAAUAACAUGAAAUGCUUUACUGAGAAAAAGGACCACCUCAGAUUGAGGGCUAUAAGUUGCGUAUGAUGGUGUAAAAGGAUGAAUGUUAGAAACAAUGGCAUAAAAGAUAUGCCUUUAAAAUAUGUAUAAACACUCUCUGAUCCUUAGGGCAGGUGUGUUUCUCUACUCGGUCUCUUCUCACUCUCUGAAGCAUGUCCACAACCACAGAACUAACUUUCCUUCACCAGGUUAUUUCUUCAGGAGACUGGAUUUCCACUUCUUCAAUGGUUCCACUGAUGAAACAACAAGCAGCAUCAGUUCGGACCUAACUAUUCUUAUA